CGCUUCACAUUUCAAACUCGCUACUGCAACUCAGAUAGUGACCAAUCACUGGUAAGAAGAAGAAGAAGAGGCGAAGGUUACGUCGAGUGAAGUCGGAUUCGUAUUCAGGGAGUAUUUCUCCCUCUUCCGCGUUAGUUUCGUAAGGGCAGAGGGAGAACCAGGGAAAUCUGUGUGAGAGUAGGAAUGGAAGGUUCUUUCCUAUCUCCAGCGGCGAAGCGUUCUUUCUAUGACAUCUCCGGAAUGCAUGAGAGUAAUCUCUACAGCAGCGUCAACGGCGCAGCCAAGCGCGGCCGCGGCGGCAAACACGUUCCGCCUCCCAUUGUCGUGUCCCCUGGACAGGUUGCCUUACGCCUCCUUUGCCACGUCUCCAUGAUCGGCGGCGUUAUCGGCAAGUCCGGCAACGUCAUCAAGCUCUUCCAGCAGGAGACUGGCGCCAAGAUCCGCGUGGAGGAACCCGUAGUUUCGUGCGACGAGCGCAUCAUACUCGUUGUAGCCUCCGAGACUCCGAAGAAGAAGAUCAAGUUGAAAGACGACAAGGGCGAGGAAGCAGCUAAGGAAUACGAGGUCUCUCCCGCACAAGAGGCUCUCGUCAAGGUCUUUGAUAGGAUCCUCGACGUUGAAGCCGAGACCGAGGGUGUUUUCCCUCCUGGGGGAGGUAUCGUUUCUUGCAGAUUGCUCGCUGCUACCAAUCAAGUUGGCUCGGUCAUGGGGAAAGGUGGAAAGAUUAUUGCCAGUAUCAGGAAGGACAGUCGUGCCAAGAUUAGCGUUUUGCCUACGGAACAGCUCCCUGCGUGCGCGUCUACCAAUGACGAUGUCAUAGAGCUCACAGGAAACAUUUUGGCAGUAAAGAAAGCACUGGUUGCUGUUUCCGGCCGUCUUCAAGCUUGUCCACCAACAGAGAAAGCACGAUCAAUUGCAAGCGGGCCUGAGACAAUUCACCAUGGAAGCUUUCCUGAUCCACAUGGAGAGCUCCCUCCUCUUAGGAGUUCACUGUUUACACGUACAUCAAGCAGCUCUAUUGAUUAUGCAUCCAGAGGCCGUCCUCUGUCCACUGAUGUUGACAGGAUCCCCACCCUGAAUCCAAAGAAGACAGAGCAAGAAGUUUUGUUCAGGCUCCUCUGCUCAAAUGAUAAGAUUGGAGGUAUAAUUGGUAAGGGAGGUGUCAUCGUCAGAGCAUUGCAGAAUGAAACAGGAGCUUCCAUUAGCUGUGGAGCUUCUGUAGCUGAGGCGGAUGAGCGCAUAAUUACUGUUUCUGCGAUGGAGAGCCCAGACUCAAGGUACUCCCCAGCACAGAAUGCUCUUCUUCGUGUUUUCACUAGGUUAGUGGAGGCUGGCAUGGAAAAGGGGCUAGAAUCAGUGUCAUCUAAAGAAGCUUCUGUUUCAGCUCGUCUUCUAGUACCAUCAAACCAAGCUGGUUGCUUGCUGGGUAAAGGAGGUAUAAUAAUUUCAGAAAUGAGGAAAGUAACUGGUGCUGGAAUACGUAUAAUUGGAGGAGAUCAGGUUCCGAAGUGUGCCUCAGAAAAUGAUGAAGUAGUACAGAUUAUUGGAGAGUUUGGCAAUGUUAAGGAUGGUUUGCUACUAGUUAGUGGUAGAUUGCGGGAUAAUCUUUUCCCCAGUGAGAUGCUACAAAGUUCUGUAGUUGGGAGCUACUCCUCAGCCAUCCCAGAGAUUAGUCCCUAUGGAAGAAUGAGGGAGCCUACUCCUCCUAGGAUGUACCCAUCUGUGAGCCUUUCUCAUGACAUUGAUCGGAAAACUUCCCUAACGCACAGUAUUGAUCAUCUUGGACUUUCCCACAGCUUAGAUCAUCCUCCUUCACCAAGGUUAUGGACAUCACAGACUGUGGGUGGGGGGAAUCCAAGGGGCUUCACUGACAUUGGUAAAGGAUUGACCUCUUAUAGAGGUGGCAUAGAACUUGGCAGUGGAAGCAAAUCUGCAAUAGUGACAAAUACAACUAUGGAGAUCAUGGUUCCUGAACAUGUUCUUGUCUCUGUAUAUGGGGAAAAGGGUAGCAAUCUGAGUCGUUUAAGACAGAUUUCUGGUGCCAAAGUCAUAGUACACGAUCCUCGUCCUGGCACAAGUAAUGGGAUGGUCAUCAUAUCUGGAACCCCUGAGCAGACUCAGACAGCACAGAGCCUACUCCAAGCUUUCAUCUUAAAUGGACAGUCAUCACCAGAUCAUCAUUUGCAGCUAUAUUGAUCAUUAAGGGAAAGAAGAGGUCCAAUCAAUUUCCUGCUUGCUUGUUUCAACUGAUAUUGGUUUUGUUGGUAAGCGGUGUGGGUUAAUUUUAAACAAUCAUGAGAUUAUUUAAAAGAUUUGACACCUUUUUCUUCUUUUAGAGCACUCAAUAUGACAAUCUGUUAAUGUGACUC